GCAUGGUGCCCAUGCAGCAACAGCAGCAGCAGCAACAGCAGGGUUUCCCGAUGGUUCCGGUCAUGCAGCCGAACAUGCAGGGCAUGAUGGGAAUGAACUUUGGAGGACAAAUGGCCCCUGGAGCCAUGCCUAUACAGGGUGGGAUGGCUAUUGGGAUGCAGACCCCUGGGAUGCAGUUCUUGGGUCAGCCACAGUUUAUGGGUAUGAGACCUGCUGGACCCCAGUACACUGCAGACAUGCAAAAGCAAAUGGCUGAGGAGCACCA